GGGGCUGGGGGGUGCCCUGUUCAGGAGAACAUACCCUGGAAGUGGAGACGUGCGUCCCUAGCGUGCCAGGCUGUAUUUGCAUACUCUGAUGACCCUCCCUCGCUUCUCUAAUACAACGGUUGCCCCUGUCCCUGGUGCCACAAUAGGGCUGGUGCUGCUGUCACUGGCCUUUGCUGUGGGCCUCCCAGGCAAUGCCUUCGUCCUGUGGAGCUCCACAGUGCUGACACGCCGGAACAGUGUUCCAGCAUUGCUGGUGACCCAUCUUGCACUGGCUGACGUGGCUACCCUGCUUACUGCCCCUGUCUACCUCCGUUUCCUCAGCACUGGGCGCUGGGACUUGGGCCUCGCAGCCUGCCAGGGCUGCCACUAUAUCUGUGCCGUUGCCAUGUAUGCCAGCGUCUUCCUAAUCGUCCUCAUGAGCCUUCACCGCUGCCUGGCUGUCUCCCGACCCACGUUGGCCUUGGCAGGCCACUCCACUCGGGUAGCCCAUGGCACUGUGGCUGCUGUGUGGGCCAUGGCCUUCCUCCUCGCUGUGCCCACCAUUACUUUCCGACAGGUGUCUGGUGAGGCUCCAAGGGAGCGAUGUCAGCGGGCACACAAUAGCACAGGCUGGCUGGUCUUCCACAACCUCCUGGAGACAGUGGCAGGGUGGGCACUGCCCAUGGCCACCAUCGCUGCUGGCUAUGGGAUCCUGCUCUGGCGACUCCGGCAUACCAGAUUCCGGAGGAAGGGCCGUACCCAGCGUCUGGUGGUGCUGGUGGUGGUUGCCUUUGCUGCUUCCUGGGGACCAUAUCAUGCUGUUAACCUGCUGGAGGUGGCUGGUGAGCUCCGUGGCACACAGGGCUUGUGUGGAGCUGCUGCAGUUGCCCGCCCCCCUCUCACAGCCCUAGCCUUCUUCAGCAGUGCAGUCAACCCCCUACUCUAUGCCUGUGCUGGCCGGGGGCUGCUUCGCACUGCUGGUGCCACCUUCAUGGCCAGGCUCUUCGAGGGAACAGCUUCAGAGAUUGGCAGUAGACGCACAGGCACAGGAAGGGCCACUCGACGCACAGGUGAGCCCCAAACAGAGGCAGAGAUCGGCAAGGAAGAUGACACAGCAGUCAAUGCAGAAUGA